UAGAUGGGAGAGGGAGGGAGCGAGCCCAGGCUGGAACAGGGGUCAGCAAGGUAAGUAUCAUUGGUGUCAGUGGGAGGAAUAGUGCCCAAUCAUUGGUGUCACUAAUACCAAUGAUGGGGCACUAUUCCUCCCACUGACACCAAUGGGGGGCCGGACUGUGGCCAUUGGGAGUAGAAAUUGUCCUUCAUCAUUGGGAGUAAACAAUGCAUCUUUGGCAUUAGGUGGGAGAAUAGUGUCCUAUUCUUGGUGUAAGUUGGAGAAAGAGUGCCCCAUCGUUGGUGUCAGUGGGAAGAAUAUUGCCCCAUUGUUAGUGUCAGUGGGAGGAAUAGUGCCUCAUGGUUUUUUUCAGUGAGAUGAAUAG